AUGAAUGAAAGCAGCACCAAUGUUGCUGUUUCACCUGAAGACAACCUCAUCAUAUCUGACCAGCUGAUGCAACAGUUGGACGUUUUCCUCAACUGUUUUCUCAUCCACCUUCUCAGUUUUCUGGGGAUCGUCGGCAACGCCCUCAACAUUCUGGUGCUGAGCAGCCGCGGCUUCAAGGAAACCAGCGAUAUUUUCUUGGUCAGUCUGUCGGUCAGCGACCUCAUGUUCUCCGUCAUCCAGCCGAUUCACGGCCUGAGGUGUAUCGUGUCAAAGUUCGACGUGUCGCUCUCCAAAACCGUGGACACAUUUGUGACAGUCUACGUGCCCAUCACGGACAUCUGGGUCGGGCUCAGCAUUGGCACCAUCACCGCCAUCGCAGUGGAGCGGUUUUUCGCGGUUUUGUUCCCGUUUCACGUGUCUCGAAUUUUUACGCCUUUCCGCGUGAAAUGCGUCGUCGUUUUCUUGUACGUUUACACGCUCGGGAUGACGUCACCUUUGUCGUUCCGGUUCGACUAUGAAUGGGUGUUCGACCCUUUAGAAAACCGGACCACCGUUAGGUAUAUCAACAGCAAUUUUUAUAAUGAUAAUUACAAUGCCGUUAAUAUCUACGGAGGUUUUUUUCUGAACAAUUCUUUCACCACGGCAACAUUGCUUACAAUACUUAUCUGCUCGGUUGUCAUAACCAUCAAACUGACCGUUGGUCAUUCCAAACAACUGGCCAUGUCGUCGUCAGGUCAAGGAAGAAAGAAGGUGAAGGACAGGAGAGCGGGUAAAAUGCUACUCACCGUGUGUUUGGUGGCGCUGAUCGUGUUCCUGCCUACGGCCAUCGUCGACAUGUACAAGGCGUACGCUGAAAUCAACCUGUUCUCACAAGACAACCUGAAACUGAACGACCUGCUUCAGAGCAUCAACUAUGUCCUGUACCAGUUCAACGCCUCCAUCAACAUCGUCAUCUACGUCACCAUGAGCAGGAAAUUCGCCGCGGCGUACCGAAACUUCUGCUGUCCAAAAACUAGGACCGGGAAAAAGCAUUAA